GGGCCGCCCCUCCCCCCCCGGGGCCAUAAAAACCCCGCGGGGGCUCCGGGGGGGGGAGGGAGACCCCGGAGAGAGAGCGAGCGACAUGGCCCCCAAGAAGGCGAAGCGCCGCGCGGCCGAGGGCAGCUCCAACGUCUUCUCCAUGUUCGACCAGACCCAGAUCCAGGAGUUCAAGGAGGCGUUCACGGUGAUCGACCAGAACCGCGACGGCAUCAUCGACAAGGAUGACCUCAGGGAGACCUUCGCCGCCAUGGGCCGGCUGAACGUGAAGAACGAGGAGCUGGACGCGAUGAUCAAGGAGGCCUCGGGGCCCAUCAACUUCACCGUGUUCCUCACCAUGUUCGGGGAGAAGCUCAAGG